UUUUUUAAAUCUGUUAUAUCUUUCACCGAACAUGUCAGAAGAUGGUCUUCUCGAUAUCAAGUUCCGAUUUUUGGAUUUAUUUGCAGAGUUAGAUGAAACAGAAUUAGAUGUAGUUGAAAACUGGAUUUUAUCUCGUGCUUACAGAAAAGAUUUACAAUUUAGAAAGGAUCUUGACAGUAAAGAAGAGGAGUUAAUUAAAAUUGGUAAGAAGUUAAGAAAGCUUGUUCCUUUUGAAGGAGAAAUGCCAUCAGAGAACAUAGUGCCCCCCAUCGUAGGAGAUCAGGCUGACUGCACCAAAGCUAACACAUGCCAUAUAGACGAGUUUUUAUAUGAUGAAAAAGAUGUUGAAGACUUGAUAAAAAGUGGAAAGCUAAAAAAACAUUAUUGUAUUGAUUGUAACUCUCGAAAUGUCAAGGAAUUGAUCUAUACUUCCCAUUCAAUGUCCAGACAAACUCUACUAUUUAUCUUCAAUGUUCUAUUGCCUGCAGAUUUAGAAGGGAAACGGUUAUUGGAUGUAGGGUCAAGACUCGGAGCAGUGUUAUAUGGAGCUUACCACUUCUCAAAUGCAAGUUCAAUAAUUGGAAUAGAAAUGAACAAGGAAUGCUGUGAAGUUCAAGAAAAAAUUAUAAGCCAAUUUUCAAUGGACCGAAAUAGGAUUAAAGUUAUACAUUCUGAUGUAAUGGAGAAACAUGAUAUUGUCCAAUUAUCUGAUAUAAUUGUUAUCAAUGUUCUUGAUUUUUUUGUUGAUAUUGAAAAACAUAAAGAAAUGUGGUAUUUUUUCAAAAAACAUAUUAAGAAAGGUACCUUUAUUAUUACCAACAGAAGUAUGGCUGAUACUUUAGGUUACUUAGAUAUUUUUGAAGAAUUUAUGGAAUGGUUAACUAUUUGCAAACCGUAUCAAAUAGAAAAUGAAAUAUUCUUCAACACAGAAAUCAAUAGUGAAAUAUUUCUCUAUGCUGUGAAAUAAAUAAUUACAUUCAUUUGGCCACACCAAAUGGAGGUCCGUAAUCACAACCUACCCCCCUUGGUUACAGACAUGAAUUGUGUUAUUUAUUACUUGUAAUUACCAAUUACUUUUAUGAUCUAUAUGCAUUGUAUGAGACUUAAGGUUACUUGUACUGGACGAUUUUCGUGAUUA